UCCGUGUUGCAUUUCCCCUGUACAAUCCUUCGACACCUCUGCAAAGUCCAUAACAAUAGUUCCACCGUGGAACUUCCACGAAGACGCUCCGAUGAGUGCCACUGCCCAUGAGCAAAUUCUUCUCGUGCAGAAUGUCAAAGUUGCCCGUAAUGCUUAC